AUGGAGGAAACAAUGGCGACUAGAUAUUGGUGUCACGUGUGUUCUCAAAUAGUCAGCCCUAUCAUGGGAAUGGAGAUGAAAUGUUCGGUUUGCCAGAGUGGAUUUAUUGAAGAAAUGAGCAGUGCCACUGGUAUCAAUGACUUUCAAAAUAUACCGGAUAAUGAUUUUGGAUCGGAUCGUUCUCCAUCCCUUUGGGCACCAAUCUUGCUAGGCAUGAUGGGCAAUCCGCGGCUUCGUCGAAGAUUGAGACGAAUGGAACUUGAAGAGGACUAUGAUAGUGGGAAUCACGAUGAUGAUAGGGGUAAUGGUGGUGUAGGACAUUAUGAUCGAGAGCUUGAGUCUAUCCUUCGAAGGAGGAGAAGAAGUUCUGCUACUAUUCAACAAUUGCUCCAAGGCAUAAGAGCUGGACUGACAUCUGAGUCACAUGAGAAUACUGAUAGGGAGGAUCGUGUUAGGGAAAGAGAAAGAGAGCAUGUAAUCUUGAUUAACCCUUUUAAUCAGACUAUUAUCGUUCAAGGUUCUUAUGACUCAAACCGGGAUCAAAGUGAUAAUCAUAACCCCAUAGGAUCUUUGGGUGACUAUUUCGUAGGGCCUGGUUUGGAUCUAUUGUUGCAACAUUUGUCUGAUAAUGACCCUAAUAGGUAUGGAACUCCACCUGCACCAAAGGAAGCCGUUGAAGCUUUACCAACUGUAAAAAUCAAUGAGAAUAUGCAGUGUUCUGUCUGUUUGGAUGAUUUUGAAGUUGGUUCCGAUGCUAAAGAGAUGCCAUGUAAACAUAGCUUUCAUACUGCUUGUAUCCUUCCCUGGUUGGAGCUUCAUAGUUCUUGUCCGGUUUGUAGAUCUCAAUUGCGAGUGGAUGAACCUAAGCAAAACUCUAAUGUGUCAAGGAAUAACAGAAAUCAAAGGGAGAAUGAUAAUAUUGGACAUGCCAAUGCUGAAGGAGAUAGUGAAGGGAGAAGUCCAAGCGGGGGUAGAAGAUUCUCAUUCCCAUGGCCUUUCAACGGAUUAUUUUCAUCAUCAUCGUCGUCUUCUAGUUCAAAUGCAAAUGGAAACAAUACUCAACCAGAAAGAAACUGA